GGGGCGCGGCAAGAUGGCGGCAGGGGGCGCGGCGGAGGCUCAGGCGCGCUUCGGGCAUUCGGUGAAGGGACUGCUGACCGAGAAGGUGACGAGCUGCGGCACCGACGUGAUCGCCCUCACCAAGCAGGUGCUGAAGGGCUCUCGCAGCGCCGAGUUGCUGGGCCAGGCCGCCAGGAACAUGGUGAUGCAAGAGGACGCCAUCCUGCACUCCGAAGACAGUUUAAGGAAAAUGGCCAUAAUAACCACGCACCUGCAGUACCAGCAGGAAGCGAUUCAGAAGAAUGUGGAGCAGUCAUCAAACCUGAGGGACCAGCUGAGUCACUUGCUGAAAUGAAGCCUAGCUGAAGGCAUUGGACAUCUCCACUGGCACUGAGCCGUCCUUUUCCUCCUGGGCC